UAGAUGAUAAUUUAUUUAAAUGAAAACAUUAUAUUACUUAAUUACAAAAUUAGUUAAUGCAAUAUUUAAUAAAAUUAUUUAAGAAUUAAGUAGGAUUUUGUUAGAUUUUUCUCAACAGAUUUUUUUAUAACUAAAAAUAAAAUUCAAAUCUAUUGUUAAAAUUAAUUUAUUAUUAAUAUUUUUAUUAAUUAUUAUGUCAUAUUAUGUGAGUAAUGAAAUGAUCGUAAUAGACUUCUAAAUAGUAGAUACAAAUGGUACUUCUCUUUUAAUAGUAAAGAUGGAUUCGCUUUAAAUGUGUUUGUUUUUUUACUAACACAUUAAGCGUUAAUUCUUUCCUUUAUCAUCCAAGUUGACUAUUUUUUUAUAAUUACAAGGUCAUUGAAUAAACGAAUAAGUUACGGUUACCCAUUAUAUUUGCCUAAAAUUACCUUUGUUUUUUGCCAAAAAAUUGAUCAACUGAAUAAAAUAAUUUCAAACUCGUGGGGAUGAGUGAGAGGAGGAAGAAAUCGAAGUUCAAAUGACGUUGUCUGACAAAAAGAAACAAACCUUAACUUCAUAAUCUAAACCAACAGCCGUUUUAGAAAUAUAGAAAGGAGCCGUGCCAGCCUGCAAGCUUUGUACCCAUAUUAACCAUCCUAGCCGUCAACGCUUCGGGUCCAAUGUGGUCAGAAUGUCUUCCGUAGAUGUAUGUCAAUUUGCACACAGUAUAUCAACGGUUUAGUCCCCUGGUCUGGUGCAUGCUAAACUACACCCAUCCUCUAUAGUAUUUUAAGGGUUUUAUUGACAUUAAAACCAAGUUACGUUUCAUUAAAUAGUUUACAAAAGGUUUCAAAGUAUAAUAAAACAUGAAUAUUAAUAAAUUAUUGUUUUGAAUAAAAUAUUUAUAUAUUUUAAGAUAUUCAUAAUAAAUACUUCUUCCAUUCCUUGAGUGGAGGACGAAACUGCUAGAUUCAAAGUUAGUAUGCCAUUGUGUACCACAUGCAAAAAAAUUACUCAUCCGAUUGAUUGUUCUGCGAAGUAAAACCUUGCAACAAACUGAAGUUUGAAGUUUGCACAAAACAAUCCGAAUGUAAAAAUAAAAGAAUCAACUCAAAAUAUAUCUUAUAAAAAGAAAUUAUAUUGACUACGAACCCAACCAUUAAGACAUGGUCUAAGCUAACUAUAAAUGUACGUAAGGAGUAAAAAAACUUUCUCGGUUUAAAAAGGUUUUUGUAUAUAUUUUAAAAAACGUUCUGAAAAAAAACACGUGAGACCAAAGGGAGCGAGCAGGAAAGGUUGCAUUGGAGUUUUUGUACAUAUUUUAAAAAAUUCUUAAGUUUUGAUUAUAAAUGCACUAUUUUUUUGUCAUUAACUAGUUCCCACAAUUUUUAGACAAUCAAAAUCUAAUAAACAUAACUAAUUUUUUGCACACAGUAUAUCAACGGUCUAGUCCCCUGGUCUGGUGCAUGCUAAACUACACCCAUCUUCUAUAGUAUUUUAAGGGUUUUAUUGACAUUAAAACCAAGUUACGUUUCAUUAAAUAUUUUACAAAAGGUUUCAAAGUAUAAUAAAACAUGAAUAUUAAUAAAUUAUUGUUUUGAAUAAAAUAUUUAUAUAUUUUAAGAUAUUCAUAAUAAAUACUUCUUCCAUUCCCUGAAUGGAGGACGAAACUGCUAGAUUCAAAGUUAGUAUGCCAUUGUGUACCACAUGCAAAAAAAUUACUCAUCCGAUUGAUUGUUCUGCGGUGUAAAACCUUGCAACAAACUAAAGUUUGAAGUUUGCACAAAACAAUCCGAAUGUAAAAAUAAAAGAAUCAACUCAAAAUAUAUCUUAUAAAAAAAGAAAUUAUAUUCACUACGAACCCAACCAUUAAGACAUGGUCUAAGCUAACUACAAAUGUACGUUAGGAGUAAAAAAAACUUUCUCGGUUUAAAAAGGUUUUUGUACAUAUUUUCAAAAACGUUCUUGAAAAAAAAACACGUUCUGAGGCCAAAGGGAGAGCCAGCAGGAAAGGUUGCAUUGGAGUUUUUGUACAUAUUUUAAAAAAUUCUUAAGUUUUGAUUAUAAUUGCACUAUUUUUUUGUCAUUAACUAGUUCCCACAAUUUUUAGACAAUCGAAAUUUAAUAAACAUAACUAAUUUUCUCAAAAUUUAUAAUUUAUCUUUUUUUGGGUCAAAUUUAUCAUUAUUAUCUAAUAAAAAAACAUCAAAAAUGUAAACAAAUGUACAACUUUUGUUUUUAGAAAAAAACACUGAUCAUUUUGAAGCAAAUGGAGUAAUAAUUAGUUCAUCAAAAGGAUAGCCUUCUAAGUUUUUAGUAGUGGUCCAAUCCUUCCAACACAUCAUAGAUGUCUCAGAGGUUGGUUGUAAUAGGACGGCUUUGGAACCUAACCUUCUCUGACUCGUGGAGUCUUCACUUCCAACAUGCCAAACUCAAAUUUACCUAUAAUGGUCACCGGUAUCCGCCUUUUAUAGCACGACUUCUCCAUUCAUCUCUCUCACAGAAGUUUAGGAGUUUUAACAGAAGCAGAAUCAUAACGCUUAUUAUUCAAACUUCUAUUUCAGAGAUGCUGAGCAGGGCUGUUCAGUUGGAAGAAGGUAAAGAAAUUCUUGUUACCUGUGGCCGGACAGGGCUAAAUAAGGCGUUUCCCAUCAAACUGCUUCUUCUGCUUGUAUUUUUUCUAGCUUUUACAGUUGCCUUCAUCAUCAUUACUGUAUCCACAAUCAAGUACUAUGGAAUCAAUAGCGUGGUGACCUCAGUCACUUCUGGCUUCGUGCCUUGUGGUGCGGAACCAAAUGUUUUGGAUAAAUGGAUUAAACCUCCUCUAGCUCUCAUGCAUAAUAUGAGCGAUGAAGAGCUUCUUUGGCUGGCCUCUUUCAUGCCUCAGAGGAAAGACUAUCCGUUUACUAGGGUCCCGAAAAUUGCGUUUAUGUUCUUGACGUUGGGUCCCUUGCCGUUUGCACCGCUUUGGGAGAGGCUUCUCAAGGGUUAUGAAAAGCAUUACUCGGUGUACAUCCAUUCACAAGUAUCUUCUUCGGCUGAGUUCCCAGCUUCCUCUGUAUUCUACCGUCGGCAGAUACCAAGUCAGGUUGCAGAAUGGGGAAGAAUGACAAUAUGUGACGCAGAGAGGCGGCUUCUUGCAAAUGCAUUGCUAGAUAUCUCAAACGAAUGGUUUGUUCUCCUCUCCGAGUCAUGCAUUCCCCUCUACAACUUUACUACUAUCUACGGUUACAUAAGCAAAUCAAAGCAUAGCUUUAUGGGUUCAUUUGAUGAUCCUAGUCCCUAUGGCCGAGGCCGCUACAAUGGCAAUAUGUCCCCUGAAGUUUCCAUAGAGCAAUGGAGGAAAGGGUCUCAAUGGUUUGAGGUUAACCGGGAGCUUGCAGUUUCACUUGUCAAAGAUACCUUGUAUUAUCCUAAAUUCAAAGAGUUCUGUACGCCAGCAUGUUACGUGGACGAGCAUUAUUUCCCAACAAUGUUGACGAUUGAGAAACCAGCGGCAUUGGCUAACCGCAGCUUGACUUGGGUAGACUGGUCGAGAGGUGGUGCCCACCCGGCUACAUUUGGAGAGCCAGACAUCAAUGAGGACUUCUUUGCAAAGAUCAUGAAAGGUGACAACUGCACUUACAAUGGAGAAAGCACAUCCAUGUGUUCACUCUUUGCUAGAAAGUUUUCUCCGAGUGCUUUGGAGCCUUUGAUUCAGAUUGCUCCUAAGAUUCUGAGCUUUUGAGUAGUUAUGUUUUCAUGAUUAAAUAUUUUAACAUGAAUUAGAAUACUUUUCUCAUUUAUAAAAAAAAAAGAGUAAAAUAACACAUUUAAAUCUUAUCUGCUUUAGGCCUUCCAAAUAUUUGAACCGGCCACAAAUAGUUUCCAUUUUAAGUAACAUUUACAUCAUGAGUUUAUAUUGGACUUUUCUUUGGUUUGCGCUUGGCAGCAUGUGCGAUGAAUGUACCUCGACCAUCAAUCCAUCAUACUGUAGUAUCUUAUGAUUCACACGUCCGCAGUGCAACUUGGUUGUUCCUUGUUCUGUAAGAAAAGACAUAUUACUGUAAUAUCAUCAAUCUUCUUAGAUUUAAGCUUCUUCUUCCAAGUAGCUUCGGCCACCUCUGCAACAAGUUUAGCGGCCAUAUCUUGGGUUUUCCCGGAAUUCCAUAUUAGUGAUACAACUUCAUCAUUGGUAAGCAUAUCCCAGACCUGUGACGACAAUAUUAAAUACCAAAGAUUUUAAAAUAUUUUGAAGUGCUAAAAAGUAAAAAUUAAAUUUGAAUCUUAUGUGUUUCC